GUCGGGCUUAAACCCGUAUCACCAAUAAAGGCAUUGAACAAGACAUGCCAUAAUAACACCCCCUCGGGAGCACAGGUCACCGGCGCGAUUUAACUCCGUUCACUGCCAUUCUCUGAAGCAGAUUUUUACCCGGUGAAGAGUGUUACCAGUCCAAGCCAUGGGCAAGCAGUUGUUUCUCCAGGAGAAUGCAGUGGGCUUACCAAUACCAAAGGUUUUACUAAAGUCUAGGUAGAUUGCUUGAGGUCAGUCGCUUCAUUUCAGACAUCCAUCUCCAUCUUCCACCUGCCUUGGUGGCCACAGCUGGUGUCUGGCACAAAGACCACUCAGAGCACUUGCCCACCUUGCCUAUAGACUGAGCUGCAGUCCGAGAUAGCCAGGCUUCCCCAGUCAGAUUUGCACAGAAGAUGGUGGAGAGCUGCAGCAUGCCUAGCCUCUUCUGUUGGACAGAAGCUCGCAGCAGUAUGAAUGACAAGAGUUCUUGUGAUUACCUGCUCCACAUAUAGGGUUAAAUUGGGUUAUCAGUCUGGAUUACAAGACCUAGAUGUACGUGUGUAAUGAGUGGAAAGCUCUAAACUUCUUGCCUGCCAAAGCUCGUGUAUUUCUAUUACCUUCAGUUCUGGAAAUAAUGUGUGCCUAUUAAUACUGCUUUGGCAACUGGCUUCCAUUUAUUUUUGGGGUGGGAAAUCUUGUGGUGUUGCAAGUCAAAUGUGCAGUGAGGCAAACAUCCUCUGGGAGGCUGCCCUUCUCCUCUGUGCCGUGGGUUAAAAUAAAUCUCUCUGCUCUUGUGCAGUGAUGGCAAUUACACUGCCAAAACCCCAGAAAGAGAGAGAGGAACACCUAUCAAUUAUUUAUUUUAAAAUAUCUAUUUUAUUUGAGGUAAAGGUAUAAAACGACGCUACAAACACCAGACUAGUUUGCUUGCUGUGUCAGCAAUAGGUCUGAAAGACAAAAUGUGUGCCGUAACCCACAUUUCAAAGGUCAGUGCUACUGCUGCAGGCUUCCGAAAACACAGCCUGAGCAAGCGUCACAGCAUCAUGGCUGGGCUGAAGAGCUGGUCUGUUUUGAUGAUUAUACUGUACAAUUUCUGUCACACAUGUAUUCCAAGUGGAAUUUCAACGCACGUUGAAAUAGCACAUAGAGCUCUGGAAUUUUUCACCAAACGUGAAGGGAAUGUUGACUAUAGACAGUUGUUACUAAACCACCAAGAUGCAUUUCAGGCUGGGAGCAUUUAUCCUGAUGCCUUUUAUCCUCCAAUCUGCAAACGUGGGAUAUACCAUGAUGUGUCUGAAGAUACUCACUGGUCACCAUUUCUUAAAGCAAGUAUUCACUACAUCAGAAGGAAUUAUCCUCAGCCUUGGGGAGAGGCUACAGAGAAGCUGGUGGCUUUCCUGUUUGGAGUUGCCUCACAUAUGGUGGCAGAUGUUAGCUGGCACAGCCUGGGCAUCGACCAAGGAUUUUUAAAAGCCAUGGGGGAAGUUGAUUUUCAUGGUUCAUAUUCAGAAGCUCACAGUGUUGGAGAUUUUGGAGGAGAUGUAAUAAGUCAGUUUGAGCUGGACUUCAGUUAUCUGACACCAAACUGGUAUGUACCUGUCAAAGACCUAGCCUCUAUCUAUAAGGAAUUUUAUGGAAGAGAGAUCAUAACUGAAGGCACAAUUACUGACUGUACUUACCUGCUGUUUCUGGAACUACAUGGAGAAAGGCUUGCUGUUGCCAAGCUUUUUCCAACAUAUGCUAGUAAAUCUCCAUUUCUGGUGGAAAAGUUCCAUGAAUAUUUCCUUGGAGGAGUAGAUGACAUGGCAUUCUGGACAAACAAUAUUUUUGAGCAGAUGAGCCAAAUGCUAGAGAAUGGAGUCAGUGGCUGCUUCCUGCCUGAGAACCCUCUGUUUAUAAACUGUACAAGGGACCACAAGGAUAACUAUGUAAGCAAACACUCAAAAAAUGAACAUCACAAAAAUACAACUUCUUUACUUCUAAAGACAUUUGAAAAGAAUAUAACGUAUACAGAGAGAGGAGUUCACUUCAAUAUACAGUCUUGGGCAACAAAUUCCCUCCGAUUCAUAAAUCGUGCUUUUGCAAAAACUAUCUGGAGAGUGAUAGGAACUACACAUCAAAAAUCGUCUAAGUACAUCUCCAAGCCAGUAUCUUCAUAUUUUCUUGCUUCACCAUAUGCUAGACUUGGAUGGACAAUGAUUUCAGCUGACAUAAACCAGGAUGGAUAUGAAGAUCUGGUAGCUGGAGCACCAGGGUACAGCACACUGGGCCACAUUCAGAUAGGAAGGGUGUAUAUAGUCUAUGGCAAUCGUUCAGGUUUGCCACAAGAAGACAUGGAUCUAGAUGAAAGAGCAGAUCAAGUACUAGAGGGUCAUCAGCCUUCAGGCAGAUUUGGUUCUGCAUUGGCAGUCCUGGACUUCAAUGAGGAUGGAGUGCCAGAUCUGGCAAUUGGAGCACCUUCUGUGGGAUCUCAGUUUCUCAUUUACAAAGGUGCUGUGUAUGUCUAUUUUGGAACUAAGGGAAGAGGCUUGGCAUCUCAACCAAACAUGACCAUAACUUGUCAGUAUUCCUACUGUAAUCUUGGUUGGUCCCUCCUGGCAGCUGACAUUGACGGAGAUCAAAAUGCUGAUCUGGUUGUUGGCUCUCCAUAUGCACCUGGUAGUGGGCAACAGAGAGGAUUUGUAGCUGCAUUUUACUCUUAUUUCAACAGAAGUAACCAAGGACUCCUGUCUGUAGAGGAUGCCAACUGGAUGGUGAAUGGGGAAGAAAACUAUGCUUGGUUUGGAUUUUCACUUCAUAGCUGUCAACUGGAGAAUGCAACAUUACUGCUGAUUGGUAGCCCUACAUGGAAGAAUUGUGUUGAGUGCAAUCCCUUCUCAUCGGAUGUCAGACAGAGUGUUGGGAAAGUGUAUGGAUAUAACCCACCAAGCACAAAGCACUGGUUUACAAUAACUGGAAACAAGGCAAUGGGCAGAAUGGGUUUGUCACUGGCCAGUGGUGUGAUGUCUGUGGCUGGGAUCACCAGGACAGUUUUGGUGGUGGGUGCACCUACCACAGACAGUCUAUCCAGGAUUUCAUUUUUGUCCUCGGUAUUGCACCAAGCUGGAUUAGCUCAUAUAUAUGAUCUGGCAGACAGCACCAAGCCUUCUUUGCUCAGUACAUUCAGUGGGGACAGAAGGUUUUCUCGCUUUGGAGGAGAUACAUACUUAAGUGACCUGGAUAAUGAUGGACUAGAUGAAAUGAUUGUAACAUCCCCCCUGCGAACGAAUGAUAUCACCACAGUGCUGCUUGGUGGGACAGCUGGCCGAGUUUACAUUUAUAAUGGAAAUCAGUCAUCUUCAGGGAAUGUGACAGACCACUGCAAAUCAUGGAUAUCUCCCUGUCCUGAGGACUGGGCACAGUAUGUCCUCAUUUCUCCUGAGGAGCAAUCAAGAUUUGGAAGUUCUGUCAUCACUGUGAAAUCUGAAAAAAAGAAAGAAGUUGUAGUGGCAGCAGAGAGAAGUUCAGCGAAAGCUCGACUUGGUGGAAGGCUUUUUGUCUACUCACUCUGAACAGUCCUGGUAGUCUCUAAGAUAGGGAAAAACUGGUCUUUUGAGGAAGAAUCUCUGUACUAUCUAUGAUGCUUUCCUUAACCCCUAACAAAUCAACAAAAAAACAUGACAGCAAACUUCAGUAGAUACAUGGUACAGAUAGCUAGGUAGCAUCCCACAUAGUAUCCAGGGAGUGAGGGAUGCUCACUGAUCUUAAACGAUGGCAAAUUUUCUCAAGUGAAUUACCAAAACAACUUUUUGUUGUGAGGUUAACCAAAAGGAUUUAUUAAUCAGUGUUUAGCAGCAAACACUCUACUGCUUACUACACAACUAACAAUUAAGCAAACAUCAAAAUCUAACACUUUUCCUUCCCUGAAAUUACUGCUAGUUGAUGCCUUGAUAUCUUUGUCUCCCCUGUAGCCCCUUUAGCUACAGGGCCUAUUGUACUUUUGUAUUUAAAUCUUGUUAUUUUUACUUCGCAUUGGUGAUGUUUAACAUAAGUUCUUUGAGCAUCUAUACUUGAGAUUACUGACAUUUGAGGUCGUGUACCAAAUAAAAAAUUCACUAUUUGUCUUUAGGGGCUGACUGGGAUGUAAAUGUGAGAGCAAUGGGAUAACACAGAUGACUAAGUUUCAUUUCUUUGAACAGGCAGCCCAAAUACUGUUCAGGGCUUACUUGUUUUUUUUUGUUUGUUUGUUUGUUUGUUUGUUUUGCUGCAAUGUUGCAGUUUCUCCUUAAGAGAUCUAAUCUGACCAUUCACAUAGGUAUGGAGAGCAGGUGGUUGGUUUGCUUCACAUUCCCUGUUACUUCUUGUUUUUGAAACUCCAGGUGUAGACCUGGGUAUAGCUCCAUUUGGUCAGUGCUGUAUGAGUACCGAAGGUAUGCUUCACACAGAGGCUUUUCUCCAAAGCUUAUGCCUCUCCUAGGAACUUAUAAUUUUGUUAGGGUGUGUUGGGGUGCCUGUUUCACCCUUUGUGUGACCAACCUGCAAUCUACUUGAUCUCCUUCCUGCCACGCUCCCACCACUCCUGGCCAUGGCCCAGGACUGAAGGUGGUUGAAACCACCUUUUCAAGUUGCUCAUCGCUGGCUGUUGGAUUUUGCAGAUAAUACAUUCUCAGGCAGCUACAUUACCACAUUUAGAAUUGAUUUUAAAAUCCAGACAGUUUAAUUCAGUGAAGAGGAAAUGAAGCUAUUGAUCUGGGACACAAUUGAAUGAGAGUGCUUCCAAAUUAUUACAUCAUACUACCGAGGAACACAUGGGAUCACUGUUAUCUAAGAUGUAACCAGUGCAGAAUCUUUUAUGAAUGUAAAACAGUGUUUGCAUGAAAUUAAUCAAACUUGUGAUGAUCUCUGACAUACCAGUGGGGAACAAGAAUGAUGACCAACAGUGAAAAGUAGUAGACGCAGAGGAUGCCUGUUGUCUGGGCAGAUGGAAAUACAACUGUUUGAGAUCAGCGUAAAAGAAAACAUUAAUGUGGAAGAGAUGUUUAACUGCAUUACAGAGCUAGUUCUAGAGAAAAGAAAGAAAACUUACUAAAGCAGUAACAGCAGAAACAGAAUGAUGGGGUGAAGCUAACAAAGAAUAGUAAAAGGAAGAUGCAGUGCUGCUAAUGCCCUUUCCCUGCUGAAGAGAC